AUGGAGCUCCUAAGCACGACCAAUCUCUUAGUACUAUCUCUUCUGAUUCUUGUAGUUCCGAAGAUAUGUGAAGCUUGUCGGAUCCUUGUUUGGCGGCCAUUGAUGCUAUCAAGAAAGUUCAAGAAACAAGGAAUCUCAGGUCCAAAAUACAGGAUCUUGCAAGGAAAUUUCCCCGAGAUAAGGAAGAUGAAGCAAGAAGCUAAGCUUACGGUUCUUGAUCCAAAUUCCAACGAUAUCUUCCCUCGUGUUUUGCCUCAUUUUCAUCAAUGGAUGUCUCAAUACGGAGAAACGUUUACUUACUGGCAAGGAACAGAGCCAAGGAUAUGCAUCUCAGAUCCUGAAGCUGCUAAACAGAUCUUAUCGAACAAGUUUGGUUUCUUUGCUAAAACAAAGACAAGACCAGAGGUCCUUAAACUUACUGGUAAUGGACUUGUCUUCCUAGAUGGUCUUAAUUGGGUUCGUCAUCGAAGAAUCUUGAACCCUGCAUUCUCCAUGGACAAAAUCAAGCUCAUGACCAAAUUAAUGGUGGAUUGCACUUUGAGGAUGUUGGAUGAGUGGAGAAAACAAGAGACUAGCGGAAAAACAGAACAAGUGUUGAUAAUGAACACUGAGUUUAAGAGAUUAUCCGCUGAUAUUAUAGCGACUGUUGCGUUUGGAAGCAGUUACGCGGAAGGAAUCGAAAUGUUUAAAUCACAAUUAGAGCUUCAAAAGUGUUGUGCUACUUCCAUUACUGAUGUCUUCAUCCCUGGAACUCAGUACCUUCCUACGCCUACGAAUCUUCAAAUAUGGAAGCUUGAUAGGAAAGUGAAUAAUACGGUCAAAAGAAUCAUAGAUGCGAGGCUAGAAUUGAAAGCGAAGAACGUGGAGACAGAUUACGGAAAUGAUCUUCUUGGAAUCAUGUUAGCAGCUGGAAGAUCUAACGAGUCUGAGAAAAUGUUGAACAUUGAUGAGAUCAUAGAAGAAUGCAAGACGUUCUUCUUCGCGGGACACGAAACUACUGCGAAUCUAUUGACAUGGAGUACGAUGUUACUUAGCUUGCAUCAAGAUUGGCAAGAGAAACUCAGAGAGGAAGUUUUCAACGAAUGCGGUAAAGACAAAAUACCAGAUUCAGAGGCCUGCUCCAAACUCAAACUGAUGAACAUGGUGUUGAUGGAGUCACUUCGUCUAUACGGACCAGUGUUAUAUAUGAUCCGAACAGCAUCAGAAGAUAUGAAAUUAGAAAGCCUAGAGAUCCCUAAAGGCACGACCAUAGUCCUCCCGAUCGUGAAGAUGCAUAGAGACAAGGCCGUUUGGGGAAGUGACGGCAAUAAAUUCAACCCGCUGCGAUUCAAAAACGGCGUUUCACGAGCCGCUAAUCACUCAAACGCUCUCCUAGCGUUCUCAAUGGGACCAAGAGCUUGCAUUGGUCAAAACUUUGCCAUGAUGGAAGCCAAGACCGUUCUCGCCAUCAUACUUCAACGUUUCCGGCUAAAACUAUCCGGCGAGUAUAAGCACGCGCCGGCUGAUCACGUCACUCUUCAGCCUCAGUACGGUAUACCGGUAAUUCUUCAACCUAUCGACGGUUGA